AUGAGGGCCAAGGCUGGGAGUUCUCUCCCACCAGGAGACAAACAUGCAGUCAGUGUCUACAUACCGACAUGGGAAGACACUGUAGCUUGGGCUAGAAGAGACCCCGAACUUAUAGCCCAGCUCAAGACCGGAUACCCUCGAUUCUUCGUCCCUCUUGUGGUCAACGAACUCGCAGAACGAUUGCUCACAUGGACUUCUAGCUUGCCUUGGAGAUUUCUUGCAGCCGAAUUUCGAGACGAGCUGAGGCAGUCGUUGAAAGAGCGCGGAAGAUCAGCGAUGCUAAUAACAGCGCGUCAUCAUGCCAAAGAUCUUCAGAGAUAUCUAGAAAAGCAGCUAACAAGAGCAUUUGUCUUCGUGGUUGACUUCGAAGGUAAUAUUCGCCCUGUCAAAAAGUCGGAGAAUGGAAGUGACUUGAACGAAAUCUCUGUGGUCGUCUACCCCCCACAAGGAGCAAAAGAGGCCAAAGCAUUCUGGCAACAUACCGGCUUUGGUAUCUCAAGUCGAAGAGCGACGUAUUGGCUAGAGAAUGCCCCUUUUCUUAAUCGAGGCCGGGAAUGGCCUGACGCUAUUCUUCCAAUCCAGGAGGCCAAAGAGGCCAAGGUUGCCAUACAACAACGCGUUGCAGACUCGUUUAGUACCCAAGACAACAAGUUGAAGAAGAGCGAUGUGCUCUUAUACCCCACCGGCAUGUCGGCUAUUAGCCAUAUCCAUGAUAUCAUCAGCCUUUACGCUACAACGACAACAAGGACCAUUGCGAUCUUCGGAUUUUUGUAUGUCGAUACUAUCAAAGUUCUAAGCAGGAUCCACGGGUACGAGUGUAAAAUCUAUAGCGGUACACAAUCCGACUUGGAAACUCUGGGGGAGGACUUGGCUGCAGGUCUGGAGCUGUGUGCCCUCUUCACAGAGUUCCCUGGCAACCCACUCCUUGGCUCCGUCGAUCUAGAGCGGAUAAAAAGCCUGUCCGAUGAAUUCUGCUUCUUGUUCGUGGUUGAUGACACAGUCGGUACAUCGGUAAACGUCGAUGUUAUCUCACAUUGCGAUGUUGUAUGCACAAGCUUGACAAAGAUGUUUAGCGGGGGCUGCAACGUCAUGGGAGGGAGCGUGACCCUGAACCCAAAGGGAAGAGGCCAUUGGGAUAUGAAGAGACGAUUGAAGGAUCGUUAUGUCAACACCUACUUCCCGCUGGAUAUGAUUGUUAUGGAGAAAAACAGCACCGAUUUUGAAGAACGAGUCAUGGAGGCGAGUCAAAAUGCAGAACAUCUCGCGGAUACACUUCGCAAGCAUAGUUCAGUUGGGCAAGUUUACUACCCCAAGGGAAGCCAGACACAACAACUCUACGAGAAAUACAAACGCCCAGGAAAGGGGUAUGGAUAUCUGUUGUCCAUUCGUUUCAACACCCCUGCAGCUGCCAUCGCGUUCCACGAUGCUCUUGAUGUGGCGAAAGGGCCGAGUCUAGGGACCAACUUCACUCUAGGUUGUGCAUAUACGCUCUUCGCGCAUUACCACGAGCUCGAAUGGGCUGAGAGGUAUGGCGUUGUUGAGCAUUUGGUACGAAUCAGUGUUGGGAUCGAGAAUGAGAGAUUCUUGGACGAAGUUAUCAAGACAGCCCUGGAUGCAGCUGAGCGGGCGGCUAGAAAAUAA